AUGGUGGAUCCGCGGCAGGUGGUGGCGGGGUUCCUGACCCUCUCCAUGUUCGUCAUGCUCGGCAACAUGAUCAAGCACGACCACUUCACCUCCGUCUCCGAGCUGAGCAUAGAGGCCACAGGCGUGGAAUUCAAUGCGAUGAAGAUCGCAGACAAUACUGAAAUAACCAAUGCCAACAGGGCCGGAGUGGAGCCCCUAAAUGAGGCUGUUGAGGAGGUCAAACCCUGCUGGACCAAACCAAGCCCAAAGGGUGAGCAGUCUAAUGGUUUUGUGACAUUGUCGUUGACUAUGGGUCCUGAAUAUCACAUAUCACAGAUUGCUGAUGCUGUAGUAAUUGCAAGGUAUCUGGGUGCAACGCUUGUACUCCCAGAAAUCAGAGGAGAUGAAUUAGGAAAGAGUCGGAACUUCCAAGACAUGUAUGAUGCAGAGAAAUUCAAGAGGAGCUUGGAUGGUGUUGUCAAAGUAGUAGAUAAACUUCCUAAUGAAUGGAGUUCUAAGAAGCCAGCAGUUAUUAGAGUACCAAAUCGGGUGACAGAACACUUCAUCCUGGAAACCAUUCAGCCCAUCUUCCAAACAAAUAGCUACCUACGACUUGCAAUUAUUUUCUCUUCAGUAAGCUUGAAACCAAAAGGGACGAAUAAUAAGGACUUGGAUUCAACGGCUUGCCAUGCCAUGUUCAGUGGCCUCAAACUGAAGCCGGAAUAUUCGGAAGUGGCUGAACAAAUGUUGGGCAGGCUUAAAGAACUAAGCAAGAAAUCAGAUGAGAAGGUGGUAGCAGUCGAUCUGCGAACUGACUUGCUAGAGAAGAAGGUCUGUAAAACAAGCGGGGGUGCGAGAAGGAAAGGCUGCUAUAAUCCUCAUGAGGUUUUGAAUUUCCUGAAGAAGGUUGGCUUCUCUGCUAAUACAACCAUCUACCUGACAGAGACAUGGUGGCACAAAGGCCUGAAUACUCUCAAGGAAGCUUUUCCAAACACUUAUACCAAGGAUGACAUAAUGCCGGCUGAGAAGAAAGGUGAGUUCCUGAAUUCAGGCGAUUCAGAUCUAGCAAGAGCCCUGGACCUCGAGAUUUGCUCGCAGAGCGAUGUCUUUGUCCCUGCCAUUGCUGGUAUGUUCUACGGACAUGUUGCCGGUAAGAGGAUUGGAUCAGGCCUGACCGAGAUCCUUGUUCCUGCUACGGGACUCGGCGCAUCAGCGCAGGCUUCAGACUUCAUCUCCACAUACAUCACCAAGAAGAGCCACUUUGCCUACUCGUGCUACUGCUAGUACCGCCUAGUGUUUACUGUCAUUUAAUAAGAUGAACUGAAGUGAGAUGCUCGGCCAUGUUUUGGGUACAUACAUGCAUUUGUAAGUGCUGUUGUUGUAUUACUAGUUAGGGUUUGUUGUGGGAGGCACAUGGCAUGAUGAGUGUUGUUUGUGAAAACAGCGACAAACACAGGAUCAUAGUGUGGUACAGAAUGAACACUGAGAGUGGGCAUGCGAAAAGAGUGUGCUUCAUGUACCAGGUUAUAUGCUAAAUCAUCUUAUAUCAGCUCACCAGUUAUGGCGGAAA